AAUACACACGUGCUUCCUUAAAAACAAAGGUGUCAAAAGACCUGACCUCUGAUUUGUCGGGCUUCCAGCAACUGCGGCUACAAGUACAACACAUGGAAUAAUUAUUUGUUCUAGGUGAUUUAAACUGUGAUCUGUUAAAGAGCUGCUGUGAAGGAAACACUCAGAAGAUUUGUGUGACACCUUGAACCUUAAUCAGCUUCUAAUUUUACCAACCAGAGAUACGCCGCACAAUCACCUUCUUUAAUUGACGUUAUUUAGCAACAAAAAUUAAACGCCAUUGUUUUCAAGGAAACUAGAGUAGGGGUUUCUGGUUCGGCACUAUAAUGGUUUAAGAGCUACAUGCAUGAUCGCCAGAAGUACGUACAAAAUGUCUGGAAUGCAUAAAUCUACACACGGAGUUCCCCAAGGAUCCAUUCUGGGACUGACCUUAUUUAAUGUGUACAUCAGCAAUUUGCCUGGCAUCCCAGUUUAUUGCUCCUUGGAAUCCUACACAGAUGAAUCCAAAUUACAUCUAUUAUUUCCAGUCAAGGAUAUCAACAGUGCAGCUCAACAAAUAACUGAAGACCUGAAGAAAGUUGCCUUGUGGUGUUGUCAAAAUAGCCUUCUAAUCAACCCCGAUAAAAUUAAAUUGCUCUUAAUCGGCACCCGUCAAAUGCUGCAAAAUGUGCCUGCAGAUCUGGAUUGACAUGUUACUUUAUUGGUGAACGAGUUGCCCCCAGUUCCUUUGGCAAAGGAUCUUGGAGCGCAUAUGGAUGCUACAAUGUGUUUUGAUGACCACAAAAAGUAUUUCAUCUUCUUGAUUGUCGAAUUUAUGUCAAAUUAAUAGACUAAAACAUCUUUUAGACACAAACACUUUAUUAAAUGUUAUCAAUGCACUAGUCUUUAGCAAACUCUACUACUGUUCCUUCAUUUGGUCUAGUAGAACGAACAAGAAUAUCAAUAAAUUACAGCAUGUUCAAACCUUCGCAGUUAGGAUCAUAACCCUUUUGUGUAAAUUUGAUCACAUCAUUCCUGUUCUUAGAGAACUAAGAUGGCUGCCUGUCUCAUCCAUGCUUAUCUAUAGGGACGGCAUACUGGCUUUUAAGUGCUUUAGGGGAUUGACUCCAGACUAUCUGGCUAAAAAAGUUAAAACGAGGUCCGACAUUCACAACAGAGACACG